AUGGCCCACAACGAAAAAACACGCAACCAAGAGGAUCCUGUGCCAGGGAGUACUGCCAACAGGAAACUUGUAAGUAUACGAAGACAUAACCCCGCCAAAGACCAUUUCUGUGGUAUUAACAAUUUAACGAUCACCUGGGACGGACCUGAUGAUCCCGAGAAUCCAAAGAACUGGGCUGUUCGUCGAAAAUGGCUGGCGGUUAUCUCAAUUUCCGGCUUUGUCCUAAUGAGCCCGCUACCAACAACCAUUGUCGCUCCCGCCUUAGACGUUAUCACGGUAGAACUGGGGAUCACGAGCAAGAUCCUAGAGUCUAUGAUUUUAUCCAUCUUUCUACUCGGUUAUGCGAUUGGACCCAUGUUCAUUAGUCCCCUUUCUGAGAUAUGGGGCCGAACGCUGGUGCUGCAGACAUUCAAUCUUGUUUUCCUGAUCUUCAACACUGCGUGCGGUUUUGCAGGGUCUAUCGAGCAGCUGCUUGUCUUCAGGUUCUUUGCCGGGCUUUUUGGAAGCUGUACCGUUGGUAUUGGAGCUGGUACUCUCGGCGACUUGUUCAAUGCCAGUGAACGCGGGAAGGCUAUGGCCAUCUACAGCAUAUUUCCCCUUCUCGGUCAAGUCUUGGGUCCCAUUGCGGGAGGAUUUCUGACUGCACGUGCUUCCUGGAGAUGGGCUUUUUAUGCAACCUCCAUAAUAGAUGGCUGCGUCCAGAUAUUCGGUCUCUUCUUUCUCGACGAGUCAUACAUGCCAGUCCUACUGCGCAGGAAAAGAGAUCGACUCACAAAAGCUGGAGCCACAGGCCUCUACACAGAACAUGACUUUCCAACCGGUUUCUCACUUAGCAUGAUGCGAGAAACCAUGAUCCGCCCGAUAAAGCUGCUUACAACGCAGCCCAUAGUGCAAGUAAUGGCACUAUAUCAAGGCUACCUCUACGGUAACAUCUACAUCCUCUAUGCCUCCAUCGCAGUCCUCUGGACAACCCGCUACAACGAACCGCUUGAUAUAGCCUCACUACACUACCUCGCACUGGCCCUCGGAACGGCCUUUGCAGCAGAGGUUGCAACACACAUCAACGACCGCAUAUUCCGCGUGCUGACCAAACGAAACAACGACGAAGGUUUGCCCGAGUUCCGUAUACCCAUAAUGAUCCCCGCCACUGUCGUCCUGACCGUCGGUUUGUUCUGGUACGGCUGGAGCGCCGAGGCCCGCCUCUUCUGGCUCAUGCCGGACAUCGGCAUUGCGUUAUUCGCCGCUGCCGCAUAUAUCUGCACUGUCUCGAACAAUAUCUAUGUUGUAGAUACGUACGGGCGGUACUCGGCCAGCGCUCUCGCUGCGACAUCCAUGCUGAGGUGUUUGGCGGGGUUCGUGUUUCCUUUGUUUUCGCCGUAUGCAUAUGAACGGUUGGGAUAUGGUUGGACUAGUACCAUAUUGGGUAUCAUCGCAUUAUGCAUCGGUCUUACCGGUGUUAUUUUCCUAUGGAAGUUCGGGCAUGUAUUAAGAAAGAACAGCCCGUACUGUGCUAGUCGCGAUGUGGAUGAUUCUUAA